AUGAACUCGAUGUUCCUGCUAAGAAGCUCGAGACAGAGUAUCUCGAGGACGACCUCUCAUCUUAACCAAAUACACAUCGUCAGCCGCCGUCGGCUCUUCUCAACGUCUCCAUCCCUUGCAUCAAGCGCGUCACAGGCCCCUCCCUUAACGCUGUCGUCAUUCAAGAAGCCAUUCUUCAAAGUCUUCCUUGGCGCAGUUCUCACCUAUCAGAUCCUUUAUUAUGGCUGGCUAAGGCUCGAGGUAGAAGAGACCCAGGCCGAAAAACUAAAAAUAUUAUCUGAUCUACAAAAUAAAGUCAAAGAGUUGACACCCAAUGAAUCUUGA